AUGCCCAACUGGCAUAAAACCGCGCUGACUCAGCAGCAUAACUUCCGCGUCGACACGCGUCGGGCCGGGCGAGAGACGCGUUUCAAUUCUGCCCGAUCGGGACGGCGUGUCAGCGUCGAAAAGGAUCCUCCGCCAUCCCACUCUUUCGUCCAGCUCCGCAAGGGAACAAGAACACCUCCACCACAGGUCCUUGCCCACCAGGUCACCCAAUUUCGGACCAGCUAUCUGGCUCGUUUCGAUCUCCAUUCUCUAUUGCCGCUUUCUGAGACAGAUUUCUUCGCCAUGGACGACGGAGUGCAACUCCGUGAUGAGGCCGCUCAGGAUCGUGUGCGUGCCGCCGUUGAGUUUCUCGAUCCAACCGAUGCAAGAGCGCGAAGUUACCGGGCAGAUAUUGUGUUGAUGUUAAACCGGGGUCUACGUCGCUUGAUAGUUAGCAUCGAUGAAAUCAGAGCCCACAACCGCGAAAUUGCCGAUGGCCUGCUCACAAAUCCUUUCGAUUACUCGCAAGCCUUCGACAGAGCUUUAAAAGAUGUCAUCAAGUCGUUGGGCCGGUCCUCGAGAGAAACAGCAGACGAUGUGAACUACUACUGCGCUUAUGUUGGAGCCUUCGGAGAAUUCGCCUGCAAUCCUAGAACUCUAGGGUCGAAUCAUCUGAACCGGAUGAUCUCCCUAGAGGGCAUUGUUACAAAGUGCUCAUUGGUUCGACCGAAAGUGAUCCAGAGUGUUCAUUACAGUGAGCGCAAGGACCGAUUCCUUGCGAGAAAGUACAGAGACCAGACUAUGACUGCGAGUGGAGCUACGAAUUUGAAUGUCUAUCCCCAGGAGGACGAUGAAAAGAACCCGCUCAUUACCGAGUAUGGUUACUCUACUUAUAUGGACCAUCAAACGAUCUCGAUUCAAGAAAUGCCCGAGCGAGCACCGGCUGGUCAGCUGCCCCGAAGCGUGGAUGUGAUCCUUGACGAUGACUUGGUGGACCGAGCCAAACCCGGAGACCGAAUUCAGCUGGUCGGUAUCUACCGCUCUCUAGGAAACCGGAACGCAAACUCCGGAUCGUCGACUUUCCGUACCCUCAUUCUCGCAAACAACAUCAUUCAACUAUCUUCAAAGUCCGGCGGAGGAAUUGCGCAGGCCACUAUUACCGAUACCGAUAUUCGAAACAUCAACAAGAUCUCAAAGAAGAAGAACGUUUUCGAGCUGAUGUCACACUCGCUUGCACCCAGUAUCUAUGGCCAUGAUCAUGUUAAGAAGGCGAUCCUGCUUAUGCUUUUGGGUGGUAUGGAGAAGAACCUUGACAACGGCACCCACCUGCGUGGUGAUAUCAACAUUCUGAUGGUUGGUGAUCCUUCCACCGCCAAAUCGCAACUCCUGCGAUUUGUCCUGAACACCGCUCCUCUUGCAAUUGCGACAACUGGCCGUGGAUCAUCCGGAGUUGGUCUUACGGCCGCCGUUACUUCUGACAAGGAAACCGGGGAGCGCAGACUGGAGGCCGGUGCAAUGGUUCUUGGUGACCGUGGUGUUGUCUGUAUCGAUGAGUUCGACAAGAUGAGCGAUGUCGACCGCGUGGCUAUCCACGAAGUGAUGGAACAGCAGACGGUCACUAUUGCUAAAGCCGGUAUCCAUACGAGUUUGAACGCUCGUUGCAGUGUUUUGGCUGCGGCCAACCCUAUUUACGGACAGUACGACCCUCAUAAGGACCCCCAUAAAAACAUUGCCUUGCCAGAUUCUCUCCUGUCUCGUUUCGAUUUACUCUUCGUCAUGACGGAUGAUAUCGAGGAUGCCCGGGACCGAAUGGUUUCGGAACACGUGCUGCGUAUGCACCGUUACCGCCAGCCUGGUGUUGAAGAAGGCGCUCCUGUUAGAGAACAACUCAACCAGAGCCUGGGUGUCGGGCUUGAGGAUAACCAAGACUCCAACCAACCAACGGAGGUGUUUGAGAAAUUCAACGUGAUGCUUCACGCCGGCAUGGUCAACACCGGCCGGAACAAGGGAAAGAACCCUGAGAUUCUGAGCAUUCCUUUCGUGAAGAAAUACAUUCAAUAUGCUAAAUCGCGUGUCAAGCCCGUGCUAACCAAGGGAGCUGCUGAUCACAUUGUUUCAACCUACUCGGCAUUGAGAAACGACGACCUUUCUGGCAACCAGCGCAGAACUUCUCCCAUUACAGCCCGUACCCUUGAAACGUUGAUCCGUUUGUCGACUGCCCACGCGAAAUCUCGCUUGUCCAGCCGGGUUGAAGAGCGCGAUGCCAAGACGGCCGAAUCUAUCCUCCGUUUCGCCAUGUUCAAAGAAGUCCUUGAGGAUGAGCGCCGGAAGAGAAGAAAGGUUGCCACCUUUGACGAGGACUCCGAGUCCAGCGGCUCAGACUCCGACGAUGACGACGACACCACGCCGGCAAACACCGCAAGUACGCGGUCGACUCGGAGAGGCGGCACGACAAGCACACGUGCAGCAGCUCGUUCGACCGUUGACGAAAUGGAUGCCGAUGGAGACGAUGUGUCGGAGAGUGGCGACGGCUUAUACAGCGCUAGUCCCCGUGGCCAGCGACUCCGAUCGAGCGCCACUCGUAACCAGACUCAGAGCCAGUCUCAGUUGUCCGUGGCAUCUUCCCGACCUGCUUCACAGCUCGUCCAGUCCCAGACCGACAACUCGCAGUCCCAGACGGCGUCCGCCGGUGGCGCUUCGCAGCCUUUGCAGCCCGCUCGUCUGACCGUGUUCCGCCAGGCCCUUGGUCCCUUGAUGGGAACCCAAGUGUUCGCUAGCGGCGAUACCGCCGACGUGGAGGAACUCAUUGGCGCUGUGAACACUGCGGUUCGCAGUAACCGCUCGCUCGGCGAAGGACAUGUGUUCCAGCGAGCAGAAGCCAUUCAGGCCUUGAAGGCCAUGAACGAGAGAAAUGAGUUGAUGUUCCUUGAAGAUGACGAGACAGUUUAUAGAAUUUAA